UUGUAGUGCAAAUAAAUUGAGAGUGUUCCAUCCCCCAUUACUUUUAACAGUAGUUGUACAUGAAAAGAAUAUAAGCUUGAAAGUUAUUAAUAACAAAUAUUUCGCCAAGCCUAACCCCAAGUGAACAUAUCAAUGUAUAACUUCAAAGACGCCUACCUCAAAAAUCAAGAUUAGCUUCACCCCUUCAUAUUUCUACAGGAAGUUGGGUAUAUGAAUAGCUUUUAAUUGCAGUGUUUGCAAAAAAAUUCAUUGACAAGGUUUUGAGCAGUGCUUCAUUUAGUAUCUGGACUACCCUGUUUUUGAGUACCAAUUUCCACCCCAAAUCCUUAAUUUCUCCCAAUUUCUUAUCAUAUGGUUAUGUUUAAGCAUUUUAUUAUUAUAUAUUUUAGAUUUUACAUAUAUUCUAAAAAUUAUUGUAAAAGAUAUAGAUAAAAAUUCCAUCAAAUUAUUUUUUGAAUUGAAAAUCGAAAUAAUCUUGUAAAAUUCACAAUUUUCGAAAAUGGGGGUAAUUCAAAGCUUAUUAUCUCCCUUGUAUACCUAGAAAGUGGCCAUGAAAUUUAUACACAUUGUACAGGACAUCCUGAUGGUGCUUCAUGAAAAAAAGAAAAAAUAUUCAUUGACGAGUUAUUUUUGGCAUGUCCUUAAGUUAAGUAUAAGGCUUUAAAAAAAAUAAAUUAUAUAAUAGAUAACACAAUGUUAUACUUCACAGAUGGCUCAUUACUGGAUGGAUAAUACUACAUUAAAUCAGUAAUUUUUUGUAAUAACCAGUUCAUAUGGAAUUGGUCUUAUAAUGCUGUAUGGAGAUUACUGAUAGAGCGUAUGAUAAUUUAGCCAAUUCACAUAUGGAAUUGGUCUGCCAGUUCAAAUGGAAUUUGGUUUGAUGCUAUAUUAGAAAGAUGUUCAUAUGGAACUUGUGGUUCAAUGGAACCCUGGAUUUGAUAAGUAUAUGUUCAAAUGGAACAUUUGAACAGUUCAUAUGGAACUGGGCAUUCAACAUAUUUCAGUUCAUAUGGAACUGGAAUAGGGUAACUGAUACUCAGUUCACAUGGAACUGAUGUUUUUAUAAGGAACACAUUGUGUAUCUGUUUCUCAUGGUAUAUAUAUUUAAGUCAGAGUGAAAUAUAAUUACCAGAUAUAAGCUGAUAUUUCACAUUUUAUGUAUCUGAUUAAAUCAGUAGAACUAUGUAUGAUAUUCUGACAACAAAUCGUUGUUAUGUAAACAAUUAAACUCUCUGAGGCAAAGGAAUAAUGAAUUGAAUUUUUCAGUUGAACACAGGUUAUGGAACAGGCCACUUCACGUCCAAAGCGGAGGAAGGUGGGGGAGUCUCGUGGGAGAAGCGCAACACCUAGGAGGAGCGCAACACAAUCAACGUCCGUAGGAAGAAUCCCACGUGGCAAAGCAAGAAGUCAGACGCGAGUUGCCUCAGACACUCACAGUAGACCGACUCUAGGCGCAGGGCAAGGUACAAAACCUGAACAUAUAAACACAGCUACACAAGUGGCCAAUGAACAUGGAGACACACCUGUUCCAAUUUCUGUGGGCAACCAGAACCUGACUGCUGAGUCGAUGACACAGAUGUUAGCAGCAGCCAUCCCGGUCAUUAUACAAACUGUUGUUUCAGUCCUACAGAACAGUGGUAUGUUGCCUGGUGGAAUAUUACAACAGAACAACUCAAGUACCCAGCCUAACCUAUUGGAGAGCAGUCCUGCCACUGGAAGUACCACUGACGAGGCUGCCGCGCAGAAUGUGGGUGAUGGAAAUGGUGCCAAUGAAGGAGCGAAUAAGUCCCCAAAUCUUAGUAUUGCACAAGAACUGUUAGUUUGGUAAAGGAUGUCAGCUAGCUAAAGUUGAUGUGGAUCUUUAUGAAUCUGGGACGCUGACGAUGGAAAAGUGAAAUCAUUCCGUUUGUGAAAAAUGUGGUAGUUUACCGUUAACAUCUAUGUUCAAUAAAACAUUUAAGUACGAA